CAAACAGGGGACUUCUGCAGACUGAAGCAUGGUCAGCCCUCAGGAGAUGCCCAGGCUGCCGUCUAACCACCUCCAAAACCUAUAAAGCGACCUUCGUGCUCCCUCGUCGACCAUCACACCAGAUCAAUCAUCGCACCUCCUCCCACCUCAUACCUCCUUCAUCAUGUACACUCGGGCUCAAGUCCUUGCGGCCGUCGCCGCCCUCGGUGCUACCACCGUCAACGCUGCCAUGGGCCCUGCCUUCAGCACCGGCCCCGUCGCCUCCAACUCGUGGAUCCGCGAGGCCACCUCCACUCUGGUCCUUCCCAACGGUCCCAGCGGCGGCUCGACUGAUGCCAUCACCUCCCUCUGGGUGGGCAUGGGCACCUCCAACGGUGACCUGAUUCAGUCCAUUGCCGAUAACUGGCAGCAGAAGGACUGGACCAUGUACGCCUACACCUUGAUGAAGACCGGUGACUACAGCCAGAUGCCCAUCUACGGUGAUGGCCAGGAAGAUGGUACCAAGGGUGACAAGGUCACCAUGCACUACAAGUUCGACGAUGCCAGCGGCAACUACACCCAGACCGUUCAGAUCAACGGCAAGACCAUCUCGACUCUCUCGACCAGCGACGGCCACGCCCAGGGCUGGGGUAGUGCGGUGGAGUGUGCUGAGAACAACUGCGGUACUGUUGGCGCUCACUCCUGGAUCGACACCAAGAUCAUCCUCGACGUGGCGGACCCCAACUACAUCAACACGAUGGCCAAGGGGAGCGGGGUGACGGGCGAGAUGACCACCACCGACGGUGGCAAGACCUGGACGGUCUCCACCAUCAGCAUCCCCGAGUUCAGCUUCGGCAACUAA